UCUGAAACCACGUGACAAGUGGGAGUGUAAAGAUGGUUGCCACUGUAAUCAAGCCAAAUCUGGACCGAUUGAGAAGUUUCUCUUUUUUAUAUCCAAUGUUUCGUUUUAAAAUCAUCCGUCUAUUAACAUGUUUGUUUAUUACCGUUUGUAUUUUGAUGAACCAGUCGUUGGCAGACGACCAAGACUUCAUGGAGGAGUUUCUGAAGCAGGAAUAUUCUCUGGCAAAGCCAUACCGAGGGUUGAGUUUCUCUAGUUCCUCACAGUGGGAUCUGAUGGGCACUGCCAUGGUUACACCUGACCAUGUGAGGCUGACCCCAGACCUGCAGAGCAGACAGGGAGCGGUGUGGAGUCGUAUUCCGUUCUUCUUGCGUGAUUGGGAGCUCAAGGUACACUUUAAGAUCCAUGGCCAGGGAAAGAAGAAUUUUAAUGGGGAUGGACUGGCUGUCUGGUUAACCAAAGAUCGCAUGCAGAAUGGUCCUGUGUUUGGAAACAUGAACCACUUCACUGGACUUGGAAUAUUUGUAGACACUUACCCCAAUGCAGACAAAAGCCACGAUAGGGCUUUCCCGUACAUAUCGAUGAUGCUGGGGAAUGGGACUCUGUCAUAUGACCACGAUCGUGAUGGACGACCCACUGAGCUUGGAGGAUGUACGGCUAUGGCCCGCAACGCAAUCUACGACACUUUCCUCCUUGUCAGAUACUCCAAAAAUAGGCUCAUGCUCAUGGUGGAUGUAGAUGGUAAACAGGAAUGGAAACAUUGUGCUGACAUCGCAGGAGUGCGUCUUCCUACAGGAUACUUCUUUGGUGCCUCCUCUGCCACUGGGGACCUGUCAGACAACCAUGACAUCAUCUCCAUGAAGCUGUACCAGCUGACAGUAGAGAGGACUCCUGAGGAGGAGGAAGAGGAGGAGGUCACCAUCCCCAGUGUUGACAACAUGGAACAAUUCCAAGUGGAAUUCGAGGAGGAAGGGAUGAGUGCAGUCCAGUUCUUCUUCACCCUCCUCUUCUCCAUCCUGGGCCUGGGUGUUCUGGCAGUGGUAGGGCUGGUGGUUUAUGGGCGCUGGAAAGAAAACCGACGCAAACGUUUCUAUUGAUCAGACGACAGUCAAUUGGUUUCCAGAAUGUGUGCUCUCAAUCACCAUACGACACAACAAUGCAAAGACUGCCAUAGCUUUACUGAACCGCGCAAUCAAUUUGACUGUUUGAACCACUUCAUGGGUCUGAAGCCCAGAGCCAAGAGAACAUAAACAGGUGAGGAGAUCAUGAACGGGUGAGCCAGCUGUGAAAUAUUCUUUUCUUUUUUUGUGUGUGUUAUGGACGAUAGCUUGAGUAGAAUUUUUUGUGUUAAAAUAUGCUCAUCUCAGCCUGAAGUACAACACAGUGAGUCUGUAACAUCUGCACUAAUGGAGCCACUGUAGAUAUAACAUGUUCGUCCCAUUGUUGUCUCUUCUUAAAAAAAACAAAAAAGCAAAAAACAAAACAGGAAGAGACGAACAAAGACUUCAGAAUAAAUCACAGAUGCUGUAUGUAGUUUACUGACGUCAUGUUACAGAACUGUGGUACAGAAGGUUAAUGUGUAGUUACCUCUUAUUGCCACUUAGUGCUGCCAGCAUGCAGCUCUAAUCUGACUUGUAGCUGCUGUGAAGACCAGUCAACCUGUGGAUCAUUGUAGACCCCUUCUUGCUGCACUGAAUAAGUCAAAUUGUAUUGAUCUCCCAUGCAUUUGGGAGCACCUUAUAAGCCAGCACUUACAUCAGCUUCAUUGGUUUUAUAUUAGUUGUUUGUAAAUUAUGAUCUUUUGUUAAAGAAAGUACUUAGUGCUGUUUCAAGUGCCUGACUAGGACCAGUGAAGACAAACUCGUACUUUAUGUUCCAGUCCGUUCUGCAGGUGUGAGCUUACUGAGUUUCAUUUACUUUCUGAAGUUCUGAACAGUUCUCAGUCUGGAUACAAAAUAAUACUGGCACAUCAUCUGUGUCUGUGGAUAAAGGUUUGAAAAUGAAAUCCAUAUCAACAUGCAUAUAUGACAGUUGAAUGUGUACGUUUUGAAAAGCAUUGUAAGAGUAGACAUAAUAAUGUGUUAAUGCCUCUGCAGGAGAGUCUUGAUGUUGUCUGCAAUCGGAUGAAAAAGGUGUCAGCAUCUGCAGUUAGCCAAAAUGAGUUAGAAAAUAUCAGCAUAUCCGAAAAAUCUAAUGUUGUGUGUCCAGAGCUCUCAGUUAUGGAUCGCAGAAGUAGAGGUUUAUCCAGAAUCUGUUUGUUACUGCUGUACACCAAGCAGAAUUUUUAGCACUCUAUGUGGCACUGAAUUUCACCAGACCCUGUUCCCAGAUCCGUUUUAUUUCAGUCACUUAAUUUGUUGGUGGUGAUGUUGCUUUUGACCUUUGCCCCAGCAUGUAGUCAAAUGUGAGGCUGAGUAAACUGAAUAAUAUGUGAAUAUGAACACUGCUGAGUUGUUUAACCUGGAGUUUAACUGCUGCCAUCAUACAAGCUGGUGCCUUCCCUCCGCUGUCCAAUGGAUACAGCUGUGUCACAUUCUGGCUUUGUUGUGGCUGCCCCUUUCUCCCUUCCACCGUUGUUCUCCCAAUCUACAUAAAUGUCUAUAUUCAAUAACUGAUGAUAUUAAUUUAAUGUCUAGUGAGUAACUUUCCACAAACAAAACACUUAAGGACAGCGAGGAGCUGUCAGCAACAUUAACAGUAUGGGAUAUGACAGACUGAGAGUGUGAGAGAGUAGAAGUAACAGCAAUACUACUACCACUACUAAAUCCACUGAAGUAUAUUAUAUGUAAGUAGUUACUGCUAAAGGUUUGUUAAAAAGAUGUGUUAUGUUGCUCUUCAAUUAAGUAUUUCUUUUGUAACUUUGUCUUUACAUAUGUAGUCAAGUACAAAAUGUCACGCCGAGUAUGGGACAAAUGUCACAAAUGAGCCGCAAACAUGUUUUCAGUGAGUUUGUAAAACAAAGAAAACAUUUAAAACGUAUUGAACAAUAUUGGAAACGUGUCUGCUGAAGACUGCUGGACUGGAAGACUCUUUACUUUGGACGUAUUUGAAGGGGACAUGAACCACACAGGAGCUCUGACACAGCCACAUCCAUUGGACAGCGAGGGCUUAUUCAAAUGUCCUUUGUCCUUUGUAGACACUUUGAUUUGUCAUAGUAGGAAAAGCACAAGUUAUAUACCGGUACUGAUAUAGAUUAGUUAAGGCAUAAUAUCUACAAUAACAAGCAUUGAAGAUGGCUCCUUUCUCAGUGACCAAUGAAACUGAAGCAGUUACAGCUUGUGCUUUUCCUCCUGUGUUGUCAAAACGUCUUUUAUGAUCAAGUCCUAAAAUCAAGGAUUGUCAUCACUAAAGGUGAAUUCCACAUGAACUGGUGGGUUUCCACUCUGCAAAAGUACGUUUUUGGAGUGAUGUUUAAAGCUGUGAUAUCUCCCAGUGAGAAAUCACUUUGCUUAGAUUGAGAGAACAUUUCGGCAUUGUGAAAUUAAGAGUACUCUGAUUUAGAUUUGGACACCUGGAAACAGACUUUGAACACAUCAAAUCUGUUUCCAGGUGUUUAAUUAAUGAAGUUCUCCUUUAACCCUGAUAUUCUCCCGAAAAAAUUUGCACUUUGGUGGUCGUCUUCUUUCCAUUUGUAUGUGGUUUUCUUGGUUGAGUCAUACUGUGUGAUGAUGCAGACUUUGGUUAGACUACAGGGAUGUUUUCAACUGAAAGUUUCAUCAGCACUUCUGUCAGUGUGUUUUGUCUACAGGCCUCUCAUUUGUUAGAUUUAGUAUUUUUAUGAAUAAAGCUCAUGCUAACAACAGGGGAAAACAUCAAGAGGCCCAAACUGCACAACCCAUUUAAUGAAAAACUACUGUCAAGGUGUAGGAGCUUUUUUUUCUCAGUUUAAUUCAGUCAGGGUUUAUUAGCGUGUUUUACAUUUCCAUAACAAGUGUGAAAACAAAACAACAAUAAAAUAUAAAUAAAGGAAAUGAGUGAGAACUAUAAUUACUACAACAGUGAUUUUUGUUUUCAAACGUGUGUGUGUCUAGGUUACUUGGGUUAGGAUAUGUUGAUACGUAUUUGGGAAGCAAGAUGUGUCUCAUCUUUUAAUUUUGAGAGGUCAUUUGAAAUCUGAAAUUGGAGAGUUGAAAUCGUUCAAGUCAGAGUUCCUUAUUUUCAUUCAUAUUUUACAUUUGCAUUUACAAUGAAGUGCAUCUCUGUCUCAGCCUCCCCUGUCCAAUAAUGACCACAUACUCUUUUUUUCCUCUCUCUCUGUGCUGUGUAGCAAGCUGUUUGUUGUAAUCGUUAUGUCCACCAUGAAUCAUUAUCCUUUUGGCAAACAACAUGUGAAGCCAAUUCAGUAAAGAGCAUAUAUUCUUGUCAUGCCCAUUAUUUUUAAGUAAAAAAUUUCUAUGGUGA